GUAAAGAGAAGCUUUAAUAGUCUAACUUCCGGUAUUUCUGGUUACAUGUGUCUAACUCGACAUUUCCUCCAGUGUAGAGGGGGUGUGUUCAAAGAUUUAAAUCCCUCACAGAUGAGCGGUUGGUGAACCGUAGUGGUGUUGCUUGCGCCAUAUUGCCUUCCUUUUAAGGGGAGAGGAGUUUGGCCGAUCCGCUUGACAAACCAAACCAGACUCCAGACAUGAAGCUUUUUGGAAAAAUCUUGUAAAACGGUAUCGCAUGAUUUUUUUUUCGUGUCCUAGAGUGUAAAGUGUCAAAUUGCGAAGUUGCUUGCAUUGGUUAUUUCUGUGUGGACGGUACUCGGUAAACUCGAGUCCAAUGGAUCCCAGGACCGUUUGGAUUCAACCGGAGCAGAAGGGACCGGCCAAUUCCCUGUGGAUGCAGAUUUGGGAGACCUCUCAGGCAUUCGGAGCAAAUUCCGGCCUCGACAACCAGCCUCACCACCAGCGCAACUUUGCGGUACAAAAUGCAAACUUGGGCUCUUACGUUGAGCGCUGCAGGCAUGUAGUGCCGACACCCGGGACUGUGUUUGGUAAACUGCCGCGGGCAGACAGCGGCGGCGGAGAGAGGGGAAGUGUCCGGAGGAAGGGCUCCUUGUCACCGUCCUCCUCCUCUCUGGACUCGGAGGCCGACAGCUCCUCUCCCCACGGCUCCUCGCUUCAGAUUGACAGUAUGAGCGCGGCGGACGAGGCCGAGCAGUUUUUGCACUACGGUGAGCGGAAGGUGAACGAGAACAGCCUCAGACAGCCUUUUCACGCUGUUCAGCAACACUGUCGCAGCAUGCAACAGCCCGGCGGCCACACCCCCACAGGGAUGAAGAACCAUCCAGGGAGCAAGCAGCACCACUAUCAAUCACAUCCACCCGGCCGCAGGAGGCAGCUGAACAGGGCCAACACUUUCCACGGCUUCAACCCUCUCCUCUCCUACGACAUCAAUGCCCACUACGUAGACUCUUCCUAUAUCCUGUGGAAAACCCGGCGCUACAGCCCGGGCAUUAAUGGCUUACACGAGGAAAUAAUGGACUUCUUCAGCUUCAUGUCCCCAAGACCAGAGGAGGAGGCCAUGAGAAGGGAUGUAGUGAACAGAAUAGAAAGUGUCAUCAAGGAUUUGUGGCCUACAGCUCGGGUGGAAAUUUUUGGCAGCUUCAGCACAGGUCUAUAUCUUCCUACAAGUGACAUUGACCUUGUGGUGUUUGGGAAGUGGGAUCAUCCCCCACUUCAGGAUCUCGAACAAGCUCUUAAAAAACACAAUGUGGCCGGCAAUUAUCCUAUCAAAGUACUUGACAAAGCUACAGUUCCAAUUAUUAAACUCACUGAUCAUCAGACCAAGGUCAAAGUGGACAUCAGCUUUAAUGUGGAGACUGCAGUGAAAGCGGCACAGUUAAUCAAAAGCUACCUUAAGAAAUACACAGUUCUUCCACCCUUGAUCUUCGUUCUGAAGCAGUUUCUCUUACAAAGGGAUCUGAACGAAGUCUUUACUGGAGGCAUCAGCUCAUACAGCCUUAUACUAAUGGCCAUCAGCUUCUUGCAGUUACAUCCUCGGAUUGACACACGGCGGACCAACAUUAACCUGGGGAUCCUGCUAAUUGAGUUCUUUGAGCUCUACGGUCGUGACUUCAACUACAUGAAAACAGGCAUCCGAGUGAAGAAUGGAGGAGCUUACCUGUCCAAGGAAGAGAUGCUGAAAACGAUGGACCACGGAAACCGGCCUUCCAUGCUCUGCAUAGAAGAUCCUGUGCAGCCAGGGAACGACGUUGGCAGGAGUUCAUAUGGUGUCCUGCAAGUCAAGCAGGUCUUUGAUUUUGCAUAUAUGGUUUUGAGCCAUGGUGUUUCUCCUCUGUAUGCAUACCCAAACAAAGAAUACGACAGCACUUUAGGACGGAUUGUGAAAGUUAGCCAAGAGGUGCUGUCCUACAGGGAAUGGAUAAUCAAGAAGUGGGGAGCCAAACAGUGUGCCAAGCGGCAAAACGAUGAUGUAGACACCUGUGAGCAGGAGCUUGCCAGAAUGAUGCUGAUUGAGGAUCAAAGAAACUCCCCCUCUCCUCUGAGCUCGGACUCCCUUUCACCUUCUCCCGUGUUUCCUCCCAGCCCUCAACACCAUUCCUCGUCUUCCUCAGCGUGCUCACUUUCAUCGUCUUCCUCUGGGAGCGACAUUGAGUCUGACUCUCCAAAAAGUAGCAACAGUUCUAUCCAUCUCCAUCCCCUCACCUUGGCUUCAAUCCAUUCAGUGAUCCAGGUGGCUACUGACCUGGGGGCCACACAUCCAGCGAGCUUUUUGCACACUUCUCACCCCGCACCCCAUGUUCAAAUGCCUCUCCCGGAAAACCUCACCAUCCCUCCUUCCAGUUGCCAGUUCUACCACGAGAACCCUCCCUCCAUUAGCGUUGUGCACCAUCACACGACGCACGCCGCACAAUUCCCCCAGCAGACUAAGCCACCGAGCCCUCUCCUCGCCCACCUAAACCACUCUCAGAUAGGUGGGCCGCUGCACCACCCGUAUGCCCAGAGAUCCUAUUCCCAAGGCUCACUAGAGCCUCACAAGUUUGGCUCAAAGCACAACCAAACUGGUAACAUCCAAUGCCAUAAUAUCUCUCAAGGCAACUUCAGUCUGCAGCACAGGCUGGUUCACCAAACUCACAACGUGGCGUCAUGCUUCAGGAACCAGCACCAGUACAACCGCAACACGUGGCGACGCAGAAAGAAAGACGUGGUCCCAGCUCUGAAUCAGAGCCAAUGAUGGAAGUCAGUCGUAGCACACAUUCUGCUGUUGAAGGGUCUCCAAAGCGCAUCUGCACUUGUCCUACAAUUCACAAGUUGGUAUGAGGCGUACCCCAUUGCUUGCUAGGACCAUGCAAAACAACCGAAAAAAACUAACCAUGCUCAUGUUGGUCUAUCAGUCUAAACUCAGUGGCCCUCAAACCAGCAUAAACUCAAUUCAGUUAAUGAAUUGGUGAUCAGCCUACUGCGCCUGCCUCACUGGCCUCAUCUCCAGAUUACAGAACCGUUAAGUAUUUAGUGUCCAUGCAAUUUGAACAUCAUGUGCCAUAGUAUUGUUGUGGUUCAUUUAAGCCUGACACUCCUUGAACUUUUCAAAAAAAUUUUUUUAUCGAGCCUUUUUUUAUUAUUAGGUUUUGGUCUUCUGAAUGCGUCUCCCUCUUUAGCUCUAAUACUUAUUCGGAGCUCUUAAAAGUUCAGCGUCUCUUCUAGAAAUUGUACUCUGGACCGAAGUGAAGCACUACACUUUCCUUCUACCUAUGCAGCGCAAUGCUGACAAUGUUUUUUGAUAUGAUGGCACAAAACGGACAUUGUCUCAAGUGCUUACACUGUGAAGACUGGUCUGAAUGUACACAUUUUGUGUGUGGGUAUGUUGGUCAUAAACUUUUUUUUUUUUUUUUUUUUCCCUCUUAUUUUAGACCCACCUGAAUUUUUAAAAUGCUUUUUGUUUUCACAUUGAUACCAUCGAUACUGCAGACUUUGCCACCUUAUGUUUUUGUGGCAACAAUGUGCAAUAUUACCAAGAUUUUAUUUCCCAUUUAAUUUUUUUUAGCCUUCGUUGAUGUGUGCAAUAGAUUGAUUCAAGGGCCUAGAGAAAGCAAGUGUGUUUGUGUGUGUGUAUGAGAGACCUUCCUGUAAAAGGAGAUGGCAUGGUAUAACAUUAGACAUGUGCCAAAAACCCUUGACUCAACAUUUACCCACUUGAAUUUUUCCACAUUAUCGCUUGAAUUUUGCCAACUGCCUGUCCAAAAUGUUUUCAUUUUUAUUUUAAGCCCCAGUAGUAUUUAGCAGAGCUCAAAACCAUCUUCAGCCAUGUUUUUCUCAUGACAUUUCAGAAGUAGUUGGUGCUAUUUUAUACCAGUAAAGUGCUUGUUUUCUGCCUUAUGAAUGCUCUGAUUCUGUUUAAGCAGCAGGUUAACUGCCUUCUUAACUGACCAAAUGUUUUUUGUUUUGUUUUUUUUUCCCUUGUGUGGAGCCAGAGCUUUCUGUAUAUGUUUCAGUAAGCACUGCCAGGGUUAUUGAGGUGCAAGCUCAGUGAGCAGACUACUUUUGCUGUUGGUAAAUGUCAGUAUUGCCAUCAUGUAUAUUUAUUUUUUUUUAUUAUUAUUAUUAUUAUUAUUCUGGUAAGUAAAUCUGCGAAAUGGUUGUAGGUCUUAAUAUUUUACAAUUUACACAUCAGUUUACUGAAAUGCGAGGGCUCCCACAUACGGAAGUUUUUUAGUAGAUAUUUGAGAACUUGUUUUGAAAGUCGAAUGUGCCUCCUGUGUACCAAACCAACAUGCUUUUCUUAAUAUUAUUCCUUGGUUUUCAACGCUGCUUUUCAAACCAUUAUCUGGGUUAUUACCACAUUGCAUCACACCACACCAAAUCCCCAGAUCUCUGUAUGAAGGAUGGGUUAUAAUGUGUAAACAACUUGCAUUUCAAUGCAUAACUUUUUUUUAAAUGUAAGUUUUCUAUUUUUUUAAUAAACAUUUUUAAAAAAGCUA